GGGGGGAGCCGGGAGCCCCCGACAGGCCGCCGCCUCGGGCUGCGCCGUCUGCAGCCCACUCUCACACCGCCUGCGAAGCGAAGGUCACCGGCCGCGAAGUUUGGGUCGGUGACCGGAGUCUGGCGGCCCGACGCGCCGGCGCUCAGUGGGCGGCGCGGCGCGAUCCCCCCUGCCCCGGCGCCGAGUGCGCCCCUCCCCGGCCCUCCGGAGCUGCGGGCGGGGCGCGCGUGCAGCGCAGCCGCGGGCGUUCGUGCGCCAGGCCUUUGGAGAGGCGGGUUGCCGGGGCGGCGAGCUACAGGAGGCUGGGGCCCGGCUGGGAAGAAUGGAGUUGGCGACUCGCUCCCAGAUCCCUAAAGAAGUAGCUGACAUCUUCAACGCCCCCAGUGAUGAGGAAGAGUUUGUCGGGUUCCGAGAUGACGUUCCCAUGGAAACCCUCUCAUCAGAGGAGAGCUGCGAUAGUUUCGACUCACUGGAAUCUGGGAAACAGCAGGAUGUACAUUUCCAUUCCAAAUACUUCACAGAAGAGCUAAGAAAAAUUUUUAUAGAGGACACUGACUCAGAGAUGGACGAUUUUGAAGGAUUUACGCAGAGUGAUCUGAAUGUAAACAGUAAUCCAGAAGUAAUGCUUGUGGGGUCCGAUGUGAGUGAUGGCAGCAAAGCGUCUUCCGCGAGUGAGGAAGAGGAAGGUGAAGAAAAGGAGGAGGCUACACCUAGGAACUGCAGGCCGGGGAGAGGCAGUAUUGGUCUUCGGGUAGCCUUUCAGUUCCCCACCAAGAAACUGGCAAGCAAAUCAGAUAAAAACAACUCUUCUGAGCCGUUAUUCUCUAGUGCGUGCUUACAGGACAAUAAAAAAGCGAUUCUUGGAAGAAAGAAAAGUUGCAGACGGGGGAUGGAAGGGGAAGAUUCUGCCUCUGAGUCUGAGGCUGACUCCCGGGAUGAGGGCCAGGAGGCCUCGGACGCCCUGCUGAAAAGGACCAUGAACAUCAAGGAGAACAAAGCCAUGCUUGCUCAGCUGUUGGCGGAAUUGAACUCAAUGCCAGAUUUCUUCCCAGUACGAACUCCAAACUCAGCUUCUAAGAAGAAACCAGUGAGGCGGGCCCUCUCGGAGGGGCAGAUCCCCCGACGCAUGAAUCCGACCCGGAGUGCUCGACCGCCUGACAAGUUUGCCCUGGAGAACUUCACUGUCUCAGCCGCCAAAUUUGCAGAAGAAUUUUACAGUUUCAGAAGAAGGAAGACAAUUAGUGGGGGGAGAUGCCAGGGGUAUAGACGGCGUCACCGCAUAUCUUCUUUUCGGCCAGUGGAGGAUAUCACUGAAGAGGACUUAGAAAAUGUUGCCAUAACUGUUCGAGAUAAAAUCUAUGAUAAAAUUCUGGGUAACACUUGCCAUCAGUGCCGGCAGAAGACCAUUGACACCAAGACCGUGUGUCGGAACCAGAGCUGUGGUGGGGUGCGAGGACAGUUUUGUGGGCCCUGCCUGCGGAAUCGCUAUGGGGAGGACGUGAGGUCAGCGCUGCUGGACCCGGACUGGAUGUGCCCUCCCUGCCGUGGGAUCUGCAACUGCAGUUACUGUCGGAGGCGUGAUGGCCACUGUGCCACAGGGAUCCUCAUUCAUCUGGCCAAGUUUUAUGGUUAUAAUAAUGUUAAGGAAUAUCUGGAGAGCGUACAAAAGCAGCUGGUAGAAGACAAUUAAGAGAAGGAAGAACCAGCCAACUCACCAUAGAGAACUCCAAUAAGACAUGCCGUUUGUGCCUAAGAUUUAAGAUUUUAUACAGAAAGUCUUUAAAUACUGUUUUUUUUUAAGAUUGUUUAUAUGCUUAUAUGCUUUUAUAUGCUUAAAGAUUUUUUUCAGGAAAACUGCAGAGGAAUCUAUAUACAUGUAUACGCAGGCCUGUUUGUACAUUGAACUGUUAAAAGCAGCUAAUUAAGAAGCACAGUUUAAAAGUGGAUGGAGGUAAAGUUCAGGUUAAGGUUCAGCAGCUGUUGCCUCGAUCUCUUUUACUUCCAAAUAGUAACGAGGCCAGGUUUUUACCUUAUUAUAUGAAUGAGACCAUAGUUCUAAACCAUAUAGUUUAAGAAUGUUCCCCUAAAUCACAAAGUGCAAUUAAUCAGAGAAAUUAAGAGGAGUACUAGAGCUUUAUUUUUACUAAAACUUAAAUGAACAAAAAGUCGACUGCCCUGUUACCGCCUCUGGAGGCCUCAGGCCUGGCUAGCCAGCAGGAGCAUCUGCCUCUUCAUUCAAGGUUCACCUGCUUCUAUAUUUUAAGAGAACAUAAGGGUUUAUUUUUAAUUUAAAAAAAUUUUGUUUAGUAUCUCUACAAACUAAAAUUCUUCUUACUGACCAGUCAUAUUUUUUUGAAGUUGUGUAGCUGUCAAUGGAACCUUGAUGAAAACAUGAUACUUUUGUGCUAAGGUGUACUGGGGAGAGCUAAAAAUCAACAGAGGCAAAUGUAGAAAAAGUGUUUAAAAAAAUGUUAAUACUCAUGUAUUCUACUGAACAGUUGCAUAAGCUGGAAUAUGUGUCAUGCUUCUUAGCAGAUUAGAUUAAUGUGCAUGGGAUGACUGGUGACAAUGAAAAAUCCUCACUGUGGUUCAGCAUGAGGGCCAUGUUAUGCUUCUAGCAACAGAGCCACACCUGCCAGAACCCAUUUGGCCGUCUUCUCUUUGCUCUUCAGCCUGAAGGUCCAGACAUAGUUGGGGCCCCUUGUUUUGGUUUUGUACACGGGGCACGCAUAGGUGUGUUUGGUUUCCUGUCUGUCCACGGGUAUGGCUUUGGCAAAGAGGACUGGCAUCAUGGAUCUUAGCUCCUUGAGGUGGGCUUCAACAAUGGUUCCUGAUUGUGUGUCCCACCGGGCACCUACGAGCAGACACAAAGGGGGCACUCGUGGGGCUUGUUGGUAUUGAUUCUCUGUUAUAGGCAAUAAAUGUUCUGGUUUUGUCAACUCUA